ACAGCGCCGUUGCGGUCAACUUCUGAGACUUCUGACCUUUUUGGACUCGGCCGGGGUUUCCUUCCGUCCUUCAAAAAGCAUUGUUCACAGCUCCAUAGCCACUGUUGAUCCUGCGACGGGUACCCUAUGAAGCGGUCUGCGGCCACCUGGGUGCUGGCAGGCGCCGCGCCGCUGCUGCUCGCGGGUGGGCUCAGUCAGCGCUAUGUGAAUUUGAGAGCACCCGAACCUUACAUGGAUGAGAUAUUCCACGUUAGGCAAGCUCAGCAAUAUUGCCUGGGCAACUUUCACGUAUGGGAUCCCAAGAUUACAACACCACCAGGACUAUACAUCACGUCCUAUCUUCUCAGCAAGCUCCAUUCAUUGUUGGCCUCGACUUCCUGGGCGGCAGCGUGUAGCACCGAAAGUCUUCGGGCACAUAAUCUCCUUUUCCUUCUGGGGACAUACGUGGUUCUCGUGAUACUAGGCAGCACACUGAACCCAAAAAUGAGCGUGCGAGGCUGUGUCCCGCAGGCAUUGGCAUUGUCAAUGAUGCCGAUAUCGUACUUUUUUCAUGGGCUGUACUACACGGAUCCCGGAUCGACAUUUUGGGUCUUGCUGUCGUAUUUGAUGUCGGUGAAAGGGUGGCAUAAGUCGAGUGCUCUUAUAGGUUUGGUGUCGGUCACCUACAGGCAAACAAACGUUAUCUGGAUCAUGUUUGCGGCCGGAGCUGCGACUUUGAGGUUGCUUUCGACGACUGGUGCUGGGAGGAAGACGUCAUUUCAUGAUGUUUCUUUCAGUGACCUACGAGGCCCAGGAGCCUUUCUGAAUCUUGUUGCGAAGUUCGUGAUGGCGGCUACCACACAGAUCGGGCCUUUGGUAUUCUGCCUCUGGCCGUACAUCAGCGUUGCGCUGACUUUUGUGGGCUUCGUCUACUGGAACAAUGGCAUCGUGCUAGGCGAUAGAUCAAACCACAUCGCCACCUUGCAUAUCCCACAGCUAUACUAUUUCAUUUGCACACUCUUUGGAUUCAGCAUAUUCACAAUCGAGUGGACAAGCGCGUUAGAGGAUGUGGGACGGAAGUGCCGGUCUGCCCGCGGAUGUUUAUCGACAGUUGUGCUGACGGCCGUCUACAUAUUGAGCAUCGCUUGUACCGUGCGAGAAUUCACAAUCGAGCACCCAUUCUUACUUGCGGACAAUCGACACUACUCGUUCUACAUCUGGAAGAAUGUAUACCGCCGACACCCAUUGGCACGAUAUGCCGUGGUGCCGGGAUACGUGUUUGCGGCCUGGUCGUGUUUCCGCAGAUUUGUCUCGACUCCUCGCCAGCCAGCGCUACUCUUACCCCUGUAUGCGAUCUGCACAGCAGUCACACUGGUCCCAACACCUCUUUUUGACUUCCGGUACUACAUCAUCCCGUUCCUGAUCUAUCGGGUGCAUACCAUCCCUUCGUCACCAGCAAGCAACCGCACACAUGCCGGUCCUCACUCGAAGACCGGCCAAGCGAAAGCAUCCAAGAAGCACACCGUCAAUACUGCGACGAAGCAAGUAACCGAAUUUGCACUUGCAUGUAGUGUGGGGGAGCUUAUCUUCUUCCUCAUAGUCAACGUCGGGACUCUAUAUCUAUUUGGAGAGAAGGGGUUCACAUGGCCUUCCGAGCCUGGCGUUAUACAGCGGUUCAUGUGGUAGACGGCGAAUUUUGCUACGACAGUUUGCGUUUCCCAAAGAGUUGAUUCCUCCCAUUUUCGCUUGAAUCUGAAUCCCUGUCGUUUGAUGCCAUCGCCUGUCAAAAUGACGGAAAAAUAUGAUCGCC